AUGAGCUACCCAGGAUACCCUCCUCAGGCUGGUGGAUACCCACCACAACCUGGUGCAUACCCACCCCAAGCAGGUGGAUAUCCUCCUCAGCCUGGUGCCUACCCUCCUCAGCCUGGUGCCUACCCUCCUCAACCUGGUGCCUACCCUCCCCAAGCAGGGGGCUACCCGCCUCAAGCUGGAGGCUACCCACCCCAGGCAGGAGGUUACCCACCACAGGCAGGAGGUUACCCACCACAGGCAGGAGGGUACCCACCCCAAGCCGGAGGUUAUCCCCCUCAGGCUGGAGGGUACCCACCAGCACCCCCACAAGGCACUUGGGGAGGUGGGCCUGCCGGGGGAUAUCCUGCCAUCGGUAUGGACAACCUCACCAACCCUGGAUACAAUGCUGGCAUGGCCAACCAGAUGUGCCAAGGCGUAGGGUGUUUUUCUCCAAACCCCUCCGUUUACGCCUAUACCCCCGUGGGGUACCCGUCAGUUUAUCCACCAGGCCGGUACAUUGCCCUUUUCCCUAAUGAACAGUCAUAUGGCCUGUACCCACAGCCAGGAGGAACUAUGCCCCAAGGUCCAGGGAUGGGCUACCCAGGCCAGCCUAUUCCCGGCUACCCUCGUGCUCCAUCUCCCAAUCCCACUGGAUAUGGAGGCGCACCAGCACCUAUGCAAGGGUACCCAAAGGUCCCCUCGCCGAAUCCAUCGACACAAGCCUAUGGUGGCGGAGCCAUGCCGAUGGCCCCACCUGUAAAUAAAGGGUUUAGAGGGUCAAUCAAGGACUUUCCUGGAGCGGACCCCCUCAAAGAUGUGGAGGUCCUAAGGAAAGCGAUGAAGGGAUUUGGAACUGAUGAGCAGGCCAUUAUUGACUUGUUGGGGAGUCGCUCAAACAAGCAGCGCGUUCCUCUACUCCGUGCCUACAAAACCGCCUAUGGGAAGGAUCUGAUUAAAGACCUCCACUCUGAACUGUCGGGCGACUUUAGGAAGCUAGUCAUGGCCAUGAUGAAGAGCCAGCCUGAGUUUGAUGCCUCUGAGAUUCAUAGUGCCAUUAAGGGCGCCGGAACCGACGAAGCUUGUCUGAUAGAGAUCCUGUCAUCGCGUUCCAAUGCCGAAAUCAAGGAGAUAGCGCGUAUUUACAAAACAGAAUUCAAGAAGUCUAUGGAGGAUGCCAUUAGCAGUGACACCUCAGGACACUUCCGUAGACUCCUGAUUUCUCUUGCACAGGGUAAUCGUGACGAAAGACCAAAUGUCGAUAUUUCAUUAGCCAAGCAAGACGCUCAGGCCCUUUAUGCUGCCGGAGAGAACAAACUGGGGACGGACGAGUCCAAGUUUAAUGCCAUCCUAUGUGCCAGGAGCAAAAACCAUCUCAGGACAGUUUUUAUGGAGUACCAGAAGAUGUGUGGCAGGGAUAUUGAGAAGAGCAUCAGCAGGGAGAUGUCAGGAGACCUGGAGAGUGGAAUGCUGGCAGUGGUGAAGUGUAUUAAGAAUAUACCAGCCUACUUUGCUGAAAGGCUUUACAAGGCCAUGAAGGGUGCUGGUACUAAAGACACCACUCUCAUCCGAAUCAUGGUGUCCCGUUCCGAGAUCGACAUGCUGGAUAUCCGCCAAGAAUAUUUGAAAAACUAUGGCAAGUCACUGUACAAGGACAUCUCUGGCGACACAUCAGGAGACUACAAGAAGCUCCUUCUCAAGCUGUGUGGCGGCAGUGACUGA